AUGACUAGUAACGACAAGGUUCCUCCUACAGCAACAUUGGACUUCAAGCCCACAUUGGUGUCUACUGCAGAGCAUGCUUCAAAUUUCGCUCAAAAGUGUGAUCCAACGCAUGAACCCGAGCUUGCUUCAGUAUCAAUUCCAAUGUCUAUCUCAGUACCAGCGUUGGAGUCAUUUUCGCUGUCAAAGAUUGAACCUCUUUCAGUGUCCGCACUAGAGUCAUCUUUAGUACCUGUAUCUGUGAUUUCUCAAUACAAUCGACUGGAUGAAGCAGAUUUACAAGAGGCGAAGAAGUUAGGACUAUUACUUGAGAAUUUACCUGUGAACUUAGAUGCUACAGCGGCGGACUUUGGCAUUGCGUACGAAAAAAGAGGAGGCACCAAGAUCGCAGGCUGUGCCAUUGACGUUUUUAAAAGCCAAAAGUUACUACAAGAGCGAUGUAAGCAAUUUGCCAUGCAGCGUGGUUUCCAGCUGUUUGUAUCCGGUAGCAGUACACGACCCAAUGGCGGCGGAAAUGUCAAGUAUCGCUGUAAAAAGCUCCAUGGCCAGCAAUUUUUUGACCCCGACACUCCCGCGAACAAACUGCAAUGUCCGUUCUACAUCAAUGGCUACGGUAAGGACGAGAAUUGGAAGAUCACACGCGCUUGUUUCCUUCACAAUCAUUAUAAGUUUAUUGGCUGGCGAAUUGGGCCUCCACCGCCACUCUAUCCGGUCGCUAUCGCUCCUUCGACAGCAGUAACUGGUGAUACUAUACCCACUGCACCUUCAAGUACAGAUCUUAUCGUAUCACAGGGUACAGUAAUACCGACGGGAUCACAUGAACCAUGUACGGAAUCUUCUCUUACUCUUGAUCACUUGCAGGCUGCUCAAGUACGAGUAAAACCGCAGAGGAAUACGACAAUGUCGAUGAAGACACUCUGUCGAAUCGUAACGGAUGAGGUAAAUCAGUAUCCGGCAUCAAAUGUUGUGAUGGCCAAUUUAGAUGGCAAGGCGAUUCGACGGAUCUUGCUUGCACAAGGCCAUACAAUUAAUCAUAUGAUGGCAUCCCGAAUCAAGCGGCAACUUCAAGAUUCACGACUCACUCAAGUACGAACGUCGUUUCAAAAGUUAAGAGGGUAUUUGAGUACUGUCGCGGAGAAAAACCCAGGAUCUUUGUUUCGGGUGGAUACAAGAGACGAUGGAGCAUUUACCCGCGCAUUAUUUAUCCCAAAUGCGACAUUAAAUAGUGUCAAAUCUUGUCGUAAAAUUCUGUCGCUGGAUCACAUUAUCCCACGUAUAGAGACACCAUCGGAAUCAAUUAUAGGAAAUCUUGAGGAUGGAGACAUUGAUGACGUCAUUUGUGGUGUGUAUCUUAAAGCUGCAACGAAAGACUUUAAUGACGAUGUUAUUACGUUUGCACUCGCACUUGUGACCGAAGAAAAUCAAACAAAUUGGGAAUGGUUUCUCACUGCAUUGCAAAAUACGCAAGUGGUGGACUGGAAUCAAUAUACAAUCUUUGCUGGUCGUAUGUAUGGAUUAGAAGCCGCUAUUCAUAGUGUUUGGCCGUUAGCAAGUCACCACUAUUGCAUGCGUCGACUAAUAGAAGAUGAACUUGAAACGACAACAAAACUCCAUCUGUCUAUUGAAAAGAAACAAAGUCUCUUUGAUCUGGCCCGCAGUGACAGCGAAGUUGAGUUCGACACUCUUUAUAAAGCACUAGUCACUACGAAUGAAGCAGUCAUGGCAUAUUUGAAUAAUCUGGAUCGCGCUAAUUGGGUGAAAUACGCGUUUCUGGAAAACUUUCGGCGACCGACAUUUAAUGAAUUAACGUCGGAUCUUUCCAUGGCGUUAGGAAGUGAUGAAUUGUUGCCACAACAUGCAAGCCGAAGCCAUAUUGACUGGUUUGGUCAAGAUACAAUCAGUAGUUCGUACCCUCUUAACGCGUUCCACCAGUAUUUUAUUAAAAUUGCCGAGAUUUUUCACCAACGUCGUCAAUCUGUCAAGACACGUCCAGGGCACGAGCUUGUACCCAAGCGAGACGCACAACUCCAACAGAUAUUACAAGGAAGUCAGCGCUGCGAGUCAAUUCCUUGUUCGAAUGGACUCUUUAUGGUGCGCUACCUUGGCCCAACACGAUUGCAAAUUCCUGAUAGUUGGCGACAUGUGAACCUUGUCGAUUGGGAAUGUACGUGUCUUGACUGGCAAGAUCAACACUUCCCGUGUUUGCAUGCAAUCCAUGCUUCGGAAUUAGAGCAACGUCGAAUCAAUUCAUUGUACGAUGCGAAACAAAACUCGAUCGGAAAAUAUCUGGCGAGUUACUCGACUUCGUUCGCACCAUGGCCAAUCGAGGCUUCUCCUAUUGAUCCAUCGCUUAAAACGCCUCUUGAUUUCUACUUUUCUGAAGACGGGACUGGUCGCCGAAAGCCCGGCCCGCGACCAAAGAGAAAACGGCUUAAUGAAGAUUUAAAUCGGGAAGAAAAGUUAUAA